AUGUCAAGCUCUGGCAAUGGUAAAGCGCCGACAGGAGGAAGUCUGGACCUAGCGGCUUUGGUUAUUCAGGCUCAUGGUGGAAUAGACCGCUGGAACAAGGUCAGCCACAUAGAGAUUUCCCUCAAUCUUACCGGGUCAGCGCUCGAAUGGAAAGGGUAUCCGACGCGUCUUCAACCUACAUGCCACGUCAAUGUCCGAGACGCAAAAGUUGUGUUCCAAGGGCUUGUAUCCGGAAAGCAAGACGAUAAAUGGAUCUAUACUCCCAAACGCGCAUGGAUAGAGCGUCGAGAUGGCACUGUGUUAGCCUCCAGAGAUAAUCCCUAUGCGAAUUUUCUUGAGCAUACCCUGACAACGCCGUGGGAUGAUCUAGACCUCACGUGCUUCGCUGGUUAUGCCUUGUAUAACUACUUGACAUUUCCAUUCCACCUUCUUGAGCCUGGUUUCGAAUACCGAGAGGUUGAUUUGCAUGAGGAGAAUGAUGAGACAUGGCGCGUUCUUGAAGUCACUUUUCCAGACCACCACUUGGCGCAUAGCAAGGUCCAGCUCUUCUACUUUGACGAAGACUUGAUGCUACGCAGAGUAGACUACGCACCAACUGCAUUUAAGGCACCAGCGUCACACUACUGCUUUGACGUCAAGGAUGUGAGUGGCCUCAAGAUUCCCACACUCCGACGAGUUGUUUCUAGGAUACCGAGCGAACCUAUGGUGAAUGGCGUGCACGCUCUCCGGGGGAGGACGAAGUUAGCGGGACCUACUGUAUUCAUGCUUGACUACAUCCGCGUAAUCGUACACGACGAGGAAUCUGAGACAUCAGUAGGGGUUGGGGUUUAG